UAUUACUCAUCUGAAACGGAAGUAGAUGAACUAUACCUCUAGUGAUAGUUUGCUCUAGAAAAAGGGUCCGGCGAUGCCAAACCAGCUUCUACGGGCCACGGCUCUGUUAUUGCAUUUGAGAGUAGUGCAGUGAGGCAGAAAACUAUUGGGGGCAUGCCUCUUUGACAAAUUGCUGGAGAGCCAGGGCAUCUUUGGUUAAUUCACAUGGUUCCUACCCUUCUAUGAGAUUUAAAUCAAGUGCAGUUGCGAAUAUUAUAUUAAAUAUGAUUUUGUGUAGAUACCAAUGUGUGUGACAACGCGGCCGUUUGUGCUCCUGUCAACAUCACUAACCGAUGUGCUCAGAAAGGACCCGUGUCGGGCAACUGCAACUUUGAGUGCGGGCCGUGCUACUGGAAUAACACAAUUUGCGACAACUACGAUUGGUUGAUCAACGAGGGCAACACGGGAACGCUCAACACAGGCCCCACCAACGAUCACACAUACGGAUCAACAGAAGGUCAUUACUUGUAUUUUGAAACGUCAGGCGGAUCUCGUACAAGAGACGACCGAGCAAUACUCGAAAGUCCAAACGUUGUUGGUUCAUCGAAAACUUGCACCAUGACAUUCUUCUAUCACAUGUAUGGAACGCAUAUAGGUUCGCUGCUCGUCUAUAUGCGGUCGGACAGUGCCCUUCUACUAAUGAAAAAUAUCACCGGCGACCAAGGAAACCUAUGGCGCAAAGACAACGUCACGUUUGUGAGCCUGGAUGACUUCAGAGUUCACAUCAUUGCUACAUACAGUACGGGUUUUCUGGGAGACAUAGCAAUCGAUGACGUCACGUUUUCAUCUUCUUGCGUAUUUAACAACAGGAAAGACAACACUUACUGCAGUCAAGCGCGCGUUACGGGAUGCGCCGAUGGUACGCGAGAGGGGUUUUUUAAUGAACAGCACGUUGCUGGCUGUAAAGGUACGUGGGCCGGUCUCAGCAGUCUGCGCGAUCCACCAACCAAUGUUCCAUGCGGAAACAAAUUUCUGGACGGCAGCGCGGUCACGUGCAACGUCCCGGCUGAUGUUUGUGAUGUCAAGAACAAAUGGCGGGUUUGUGGCUCGACCGGAAAACCGUCAGAAAUCACAAGUUCUAUCAACAGCGGAGUUUGUGCGACAGCAUCAUACGGGCGUUUCAGUGCUGGAAUAAACCAUUGCCGGCGUGACGUUUGCAACAUUGCACAUCCUCAGUCCGACUACGGAUGCACGAACUACGCCCUACAGUGCGACGAGCCGCUCUGCUGUGGACUCGAAUGCUCGAAAACGGGCAACUGCACGGGCGCGUUUUGGCCGAAACGCACGCAACACACACUACUAAGUGAACACAAAGGAUGCUCGAGUAUUACAUCGAGUGAUGCUGGUGGUGUCAUGUGCUGCUACGAUCCAAACUACGUUCCUCCGGUUGUGACUUCAGGUUGGUGCUCACAGUUUUUCUAUCUUUGA